CUCUCCUCGUACAGGCUCGGCGCUGUGUCCCGUGUAGGGGGCGAGCAUACCCAUUACUUGUUAGCAGCCAGCCACGGCGGCACACACGCUCGCAGAACGCAGCUGCCCCGCGCUCGCGAGCUGGUGGGAGCUGGUGUGUGCAGAGCGAAAGUACCAGCAGCGAGCGAGCAAGGAGCAAGCCAUCACGCUCCUCCCACCCCUCCCCUGCAGAAUACAAACCAUCGCCCGCGCCCAUAUCCAAGGCACCGCCGCUUCGGUCGGAUGCAGCAUUCACAGUAGACAGGGCGGAAAGCAUGGUGGCAGACACAGCAGCAGGGCGCCACGCAGCCAAGCCAGCGGGCUCCUCCUCGCCCCUCGACCGCUGGGCCCCGCGCAAGCUCUCCGUCGUUCCCCACUCGCCCGAGCUCGAGGCGCAGCGCGACGACGCGACCACCAGCAUCUCAUCCACUGCAUCCGCACCAGUGCCAACCAGCCAGCAGCCGCACAGCAGCACCGGCAACCGCUUUACACGCCGUCUCUUCUCACCUGAUCCAUCGAGCACAAGUGAAGCGUCGCCCUCGCCAGCACCAACUCCAGCGCCCGCAGCGCCACUCCCGCCCCGCGCCGUCGCCGACGACAUCUUCACGCCUGGAAGCGGCUUUGGGCGUCCAUCACGACGCGACGACAUCGACGGUCUGCCGCUGCUCAGUGGCACAGCUCCCUCCCUCUUUCGCGCCGGCCUCCUCGACGUCACCGCGCCGCCAGCGUCUGUGUGGCCUCUGCAGAGCGAUGCGCAGUGCGCACAUUCAGAUGUUGUAGCAGCAGGUCCUGGUCCUGGUGCUGGUGGGAGCAAGCUUGGCUCGGAAUUUGCAUCUGCAUCUCAAACGGUAACGGCUACGGGUACAGGGUCCAGCAUGUCCGCCAACCGGCCGAGCCUGUCGCUCCUCACAUUUGCGCCUCCUCCGCGUGGCGCCUGCGCCGGAGCGGGGGCGCAAUUGCCGGGCACUUCGGCGCCGGCGUCGAGCACUACGCCGGGCGAGACGGACGCGGCCCUGUCCGUGUUCGCGUCCACCGCCAACGCGCGCGUCACGUCCAGCGGAAGCGGCAGCCGCAACGACAUCUUUAGCGCGCCGUCUCCCGUCGUACUCCCCGCGCCGCGCAUGGGCCCGCUCUUCUCGCCUCGCGCCGCGUCUGCCGGUGCGGCAGCUGCUGCUGCCAGCCCCGUCCCCCCGCAACUGCCGCAGCUCCCGUGGGCGGCGUCGGCAUCAUCAACUUCAGCGUCUGCGUCUGCGGAGCACCACCGCGAGCACCACCAGCAACGGCUGCGCUCGAGCAGCAGCACGAGCACUAAUGGCUUCCUGAAUGGAACGCAUGCGCGCAGCAGCAGCAGCGGCGGCAGCGAUCUGCGUGCCGGUGCGCCCUCGCACUCAUCGCUCGUGCCGUCCUCCUCCUCCUCCUCCUUGUACUGCUACACGGGCACGGACAACGGCAACGGCGCUGCAGAAACGCUGCCACCUCUGCACUCCCCAUCGCCCUUCGCCGCUACGGAUGAGGCACCAGCGAUGCGGUCCAAGCGCAGCAACUCGUCCUUCUACGACGCUUCCGCUGCUGUCGCGCCGCCCCCGCGCCGCGGCGCGGUUCCACCUUCCCCUGGCUUCGCGGGCGAUAGUGGUGGUGACAGCGGAGGCGGUGCGCCGGCGAUGCUGGGGCACGCGCGCAAGCCGUCCACAGGCCGCCGGACGAACGAGCAGCGCGCGCAGGAGCGCGCGCGCAUCCGCAAGCGUAACAACGAGAGCGUCGAGUUCCGCUUGCGCCCCACCAAGGAGUACUUCCUCGGCGAAGGCAGGCACUGCACCGUCUACCUCGGCGCCUACCGCAGGCGGCGCACCGCCGAUGCUGCCACUGGCGACGGCAGCAGUAGUGGUAUGGGCGACGGCAGCAGUAGUGGUAUGGGCGACGGCAGCAGUAGUGGUAUGGGUAUGAGUAUGGGCAAUGGCAGUGCGCGCGCCGGUCCGUCCAGGAGCUUUAGCUUGGAGGUGGACAGGAGCGCAGCAGCAGCUCAAGGGGGAGCAGGCGGAAGGGAAGGAGCAGGCGGCGGCGUCGAAUCGCCCUCGUCGCCCAUCUCAAACGAGAGCUUGGCGCUGUCCCACUUGACGUCCGAGUCGGGCUGGAAGCUCUGUGCGAUCAAGCGUCUGCACGCGGACAAGACCGCGCAGCUUGUCGGGCUCGAUGAGGCGUUCGCGUUGCGCAGACUUGGAAGCCAUCCUGGCAUCGUCAGGCUGAUCGACAUUAAAGACGAGGUCGAGACGGCCAGCGCCCCCAUUGCUUCCGCAGGAGCUGCAGCUGCUCCUGUCGCUACGAGAGCCGGGGCGGAACGCGCGUCGGGGGCCAUGUCGACCGAUACGUCCGCGUCUGGCACACCGCAGCGGAGCAACACCGGUUGUGAAAAGCCGGAUCGUCCUGCAGACCCCACUCCUUCCGACACACCUGCCAUGCGAAAGAAGGCAUCUAUGGGUCUCCUCGGUGUCGGCGUCCCCUCUACGUUCGCAACGCCGACAAAGGGCGGAGGCGGAAGCAGCAGCAGCGCCGGUCUUGUGGCCCCUAUGGUCCAUGGCCAAGCAUCCAGCGACGUGUCCAUUCCCUCUCAGCUUGCAAGCGAUCCUGCACUGGUGGGAAAGGCGUGCAAGUCCCCCUCUCCACCUCCUCACACUAAAGAGUCGUCGCUGUCGCAUCGACGUCUUGCGUCGCAGCCGUUCGAGAUCAAGGGCGAGACGGUCAGCCACGACAAUGUGAGGAGCGCAAGCGAAAUGCCCAGCUGGUCCAGCCAGCCCAAUGCGCUCGCAGACUUGGCUGCGGCAUCGCCCGCGCUCACUGGCGUCGCAGAGACCAGCAGUACAGUCGCAGAAGGAGCCACAGCUGGAGCCCAAGCUGAAGCUGGAGGCGGACCAUCACCAGCAUCAGCAGCAUUCGCAGCAGAAUCAUCAGUAGCAAGCAGGGCAGCGGGAGGGGGAGCGGCAAGGCCGACGACACACGAUACGCCACGAUUGCUCAUUUUGCUCGAGUUGAUGCCGCAUUCACUCUACUCAUUUGCGCGUAAACACCCAGAGUACAUUGACGUUGAGCAGUGGCUGCAGUGGGCGCGCCAGCUGGCCGACGUGCUAACUUGGAUGCACGAAAAGGGCGCAGUGCAUGCCGAUGUGAAGAAGGAGAACAUCUUGCUCACCGAGGACCUCACAUUGAAGCUCUGUGAUUUUAACUCUACCCUCUGGAUCGACCCUAAUGCGCCUCCGACUGAUGGUGCGGGCCUUGGCACGCCAGCUUAUGGGGCGCCAGAGUUGACGCGGGCUAUCAGCGGUGGCAUGCCCUUUGGCUAUGAGGUGGAUGUCUGGAGCAUGGGUGCUGUGCUGUACUCGCUCGCCUCCGGCGUCGAGCCAUUCGCGCGUGCAAACAGUAUGGUCGACAUUCUUCAUCGCAAGCGCAUCUUCUUUGAAAGCGAGGAGGCCGAACGCGUGCGUCGCAUGAAUGUAGCCGAAGGCUACAACAGUGGCGCAGGCAGUGCUUGUGCCUCUCGCAAGAGCAGCCUUCGCGAGCGAAGAAGUGGCACGCACGGCAGCAGCUACCAUCGCCGCGAUGGCAGCAUGGAUAGCAUUGACAGCGUCGCCUCCAACCUCACGAACAUGAGUACGCGCGCGCCAUCGGCACUGGCCAUUGCCAGUCUACUCGGCGAUGAUGAAGGCUUCAUCAAAACUGAUCAUCACAUGAAGAGCGACCCGCUCGGGUCAGACCCCCACAGCCCGCUCGCACGCGCUGCGUCUAUUCAUACUACCCUAACUGCCCAUCCUUCGGCUUCGGUCUCUGCGCGUGGCGCAUCUAGCACGUCUCAUCUACCGCUUCCGUUCUCAAAAUCGCUGCGUCGAACAGCGUCUUUCCAGGCUUCCCAGGAGCAGGCGCUCGCGUCUUCGCCACCUGCGCGGAUGUCUGCAGAAGAGGUCAACUCUAAUUCCAGUACGGCGGCCGCCGGUCCGCCGUCACGCCCGUACAACAAGAUUGCAGGCCGAGAGCGCUCAUCCGGUUCUGUCUCUUCCGCCAACUCUGCAGCGGCCUCACAGCUGUAUGUCUCGGUCGCUGCCGCGCUUGAACGCGCAGCAAAGCGCAAAAGCAGCCACCACGACGAGGCACACAGCCCAGGGCACGGACUAUUUGGAGAGACGACCGAGCUGACGAAAGCAGAGCAAGCGGAUCUCAAUAGGCAUUACACUGACGGUGCACCGGCGAUGAUUUUGCCUGGUGGCGGGAGACUGCCGGGCGCAGCGCGAGACUUGCUCGCGAGGAUGCUGCAGACCGAUCCCAGACUGCGACCUUCGGCGAAAGAGGUGAAAGCCACAUUGGAGCGCAUUCCAUGAUGGCGCUUUAUCAUUUACCUUCUUCCCCCCUGCUCCCGCCACAUGUCGUCGCACGUCCACUGGUUUAUGCGUGUACAUUCGCAUCUGCUAUUGCCCCAGUAUAUCUCUUCCUACAUUUUAUCAAACAUCGCGAGGUGUGCUGUAACAGGCGUAGAUCGUCAAGCAAUGCCACAGUCAACUUUGGUCCC